AAAGCGAUUCUGCCCCACCCCAUCUUUGGCAGGCUGGGUGGCCAAGGCCCUCAGGGUGGCCCAGAGCCAUUCUGGGGGCAGAGAUGGGGGUGCCCUGGGCGAAGGCUGCCAAGAAGGGGUGGGGCAGCUUCAAGAGGAAGAACACCAAGAAGCCCGGACCCCAGGCGGAAACCAAAUGUAUUUUCUAGGUCCUGAGAGGAUAUUUGGAACAAUGGAAGUGGGAUGGGGGAAGUUGGACUAUACAAAGGGCUUCUUGACAUCCUUAAACAACGAAAAAAAGUAGAGGCUUUAGGUUUGACUUUUGUUUCUCUGAAGGAUGUUUAUGUAACUUCCUGAAAGCAGGGUCCCAGAGCUCUGUGCAGUUUGUCGGGGGCGUCUAUGGACUGGGGCUGUGGCGCUGGGAAGGACUGAGCGGGUGGCCUCCCAUUGUACGGUUGGUGAAGUGGAAGCUUCGAGGUGCAGCCACCGAGAGGACGCAGUGAAGGGGAGCGGAGCCACGCAGCCGGCGCCCGAGCUCCGCCUCGGCCCUGCGGGCCCCACGGAGUGAGUGUCAUGCGACAUCCCCAGGCCUGCCCAGGGUCCUCUGGCCCACUGCCCAGACCCCCCAGGAGGCCCUGACGCCCUGGGGCACUUCUGCUCUGCACAGGACCACCAGGGGGUUUGCCAUGGUGACAUAAAGGGGCGCAGAGGAAGGAAGGAGCGCGACCAGCCUGCAGACUGCGCCCCUGGCUGGGGGGAAGGGCCUGGGGCCCGGACCCUCCACCCCCACUGCCCACCGAGGGCCUCGCUUCCUAAGUCUCUGUGAAUUGCUUGGCCAGCGGACGACUCUCGUGCCUCCUGUGUGGGGGCUUGGGGUGGCCAGGGCAGGCCAGGCCUCCGGUGGCCGAGGUCUGGGGGGGCCAGGAUGCCUGCCCUGGCGUGCCUCCGGAGGUUGUGUCGGCACGUGUCCCCGCAGGCCGUCCUUUUCCUGCUGUUCGUCUUCUGUCUGUUCAGCGUCUUCGUCUCGGCCUACUACCUGUAUGGCUGGAAGCGAGGCCUGGAGCCCUCGGCGGACGCCCCUGAUUCCGACUGUGGGGACCCCCCUCCCGUGGCCCCCAGCCGCCUGCUGCCGCUCAAGCCCGUGCAGGCGGCCGCCCCUUCCCGCACGGACCCUUUGGUGCUGGUGUUCGUGGAGAGCCUCUACUCGCAGCUGGGCCAGGAGGUGGUGGCCAUCCUGGAGUCCAGCCGCUUCAAGUACAGAACCGAGAUUGCGCCGGGCAAGGGGGACAUGCCCACGCUCACGGACAAGGGCCGCGGCCGCUUCGCCCUCAUCAUCUACGAGAACAUCCUCAAGUACGUCAACCUGGACGCCUGGAACCGGGAGCUGCUGGACAAGUACUGCGUGGCCUACGGCGUGGGCAUCAUUGGCUUCUUCAAGGCCAACGAGAACAGCCUGCUGAGUGCGCAGCUCAAGGGCUUCCCCUUGUUCCUGCACUCGAACCUGGGCCUGAAGGACUGCAGCAUCAACCCCAAGUCCCCGCUGCUCUACGUGACGCGGCCCAGCGAGGUGGAGAAGGGCGUGCUGCCCGGCGAGGACUGGACUGUGUUCCAGUCGAACCACUCCACCUACGAGCCGGUGCUGCUGGCCAAGACGCGCUCGUCCGAGUCCAUCCCGCACCUGGGCGCGGACGCCGGCCUGCACGCCGCGCUGCACGCCACCGUGGUCCAGGACCUGGGCCUGCACGACGGCAUCCAGCGCGUGCUGUUCGGCAACAACCUCAACUUCUGGCUGCACAAGCUGGUCUUUGUCGACGCCGUGGCCUUCCUCACCGGGAAGCGCCUCUCGCUGCCUCUGGACCGCUACAUCCUGGUGGACAUCGACGACAUCUUCGUGGGCAAGGAAGGCACGCGCAUGAAGGUGGAGGAUGUGAAGGCCCUGUUUGACACGCAGAACGAGCUGCGCACACACAUCCCAAACUUCACCUUCAACCUGGGCUACUCAGGGAAAUUCUUCCACACAGGUACCGACGCCGAGGAUGCAGGGGACGACCUGCUGCUGUCGUACGUGAAGGAGUUCUGGUGGUUCCCCCACAUGUGGAGCCACAUGCAGCCCCACCUUUUCCACAACCAGUCUGUGCUGGCCGAGCAGAUGGCCCUGAACAAGAAGUUCGCUGUCGAGCACGGCAUUCCCACGGACAUGGGCUACGCGGUGGCGCCCCACCACUCGGGCGUGUACCCCGUGCACGUGCAGCUGUACGAGGCCUGGAAGCAGGUGUGGGGCAUCCGCGUGACCAGCACGGAGGAGUACCCCCACCUGAAGCCAGCCCGAUACCGCCGCGGCUUCAUCCACAACGGCAUCAUGGUCCUCCCGAGGCAGACCUGCGGCCUCUUCACACACACCAUCUUCUACAAUGAGUACCCUGGCGGCUCCAGCGAGCUGGACAAGAUCAUCAACGGGGGCGAACUCUUCCUCACCGUGCUCCUCAAUCCUAUCAGCAUCUUCAUGACACACCUGUCCAACUACGGGAACGACCGCCUGGGCCUGUACACCUUCAAGCACCUGGUGCGCUUCCUGCACUCCUGGACCAACCUCCGGCUGCAGACGCUGCCCCCUGUGCAGCUGGCCCAGAAGUACUUCCAGAUCUUCUCUGAGGAGAAGGACCCGCUCUGGCAGGAUCCCUGCGAGGACAAACGCCACAAAGACAUCUGGUCCAAGGAGAAGACUUGUGACCGCUUCCCGAAGCUCCUCAUCAUCGGCCCCCAGAAAACAGGCACCACAGCUCUCUACCUGUUCCUGGGCAUGCACCCGGACCUAAGCAGCAACUACCCCAGCUCAGAGACCUUUGAGGAGAUCCAGUUUUUUAACGGCCACAACUAUCACAAAGGCAUCGACUGGUACAUGGAGUUCUUCCCCAUCCCUUCCAACACCACCUCCGACUUCUACUUUGAGAAAAGCGCCAACUACUUUGACUCGGAAGUGGCGCCCCGGCGGGCAGCAGCCCUUUUGCCCAAGGCCAAGGUCCUGACCAUCCUCAUCAACCCAGCAGACCGGGCCUAUUCCUGGUACCAGCACCAGCGAGCCCAUGAUGACCCAGUGGCCCUGAAGUACACCUUCCACGAGGUGAUCACGGCCGGCCCCGAUGUGUCCUCAAAGCUGCGCGCCCUCCAGAACCGCUGCUUGGUCCCCGGCUGGUACGCCACUCACAUCGAGCGCUGGCUCAGCGCCUUUCACGCCAACCAGAUUCUGGUCUUGGAUGGCAAACUGCUGCGAACAGAACCUGCCAAAGUGAUGGACACAGUGCAGAAGUUCCUUGGGGUGACCAACACCAUUGACUACCACAAAACUUUGGCGUUUGAUCCAAAGAAAGGAUUCUGGUGCCAACUGCUCGAAGGAGGAAAAACCAAGUGUCUGGGCAAAAGCAAGGGCCGGAAAUACCCAGAGAUGGACUUGGAUUCCCGAGCCUUCCUGAAGGACUAUUACCGGGACCACAACAUCGAGCUCUCCAAGCUACUGUACAAGAUGGGCCAGACGCUACCCACCUGGCUGCGGGAGGACCUCCAGAACACCAGGUAGCCGUGGCCACCACAGCCAGACUGAAUGUUAGUGAUGGCAGGGACGUCCCGCCGCACGCUGAGCCAGACCCACCUGCGGAGUCGGGAGCGGGCCGCAGCCAGCCAAGCACUUACAUGAGCAAUACUCUGCUGAGGCCCGUGUGGGGCCAGGAGAAGAGCCCGGCCAGGUCCACAAGCGCCUCAGAACACCCACUGCUGGGUCUGUGGCCAACAGGACCUCCCAACCACCAGAGGUCCAUUCUGUUCACAGCCUUUCCUGGGGAGGCCACUUCCUGUUGGUGGAUGGCCACUUCCUGUUGGUGGACGGCCACUUCCUGGUAGAGGAAGUCCACAAACUCUCUUUUCUGUUCCUCACUGUGUUCUCCCAACCAUCCCCUCUCCUUCAUCCCAUCAUGCCCUGCUCCAGCAGGGCAUCCCCUCAGUAUUAGCUGCCAUAUUUUCCCUGUCCACUGACAAUGAGGGAGAAGAGCCCAGCCGGGCCUUUUGCCAAACCAGGGAGAGAGACUGGACACUUCCCUGACUUGUUUCAAGCCAGGCUCUUCAAAGGGGUCAGCUGGAUACCCAGAGUCAGUCACCAGGCUGGAUGUGAGGGUGGCCACCUCGAGAGAACUCUGAACCUCCACACCUGGUUCCUACCUUCACAUCUCACCUUCCCUUUUGGGGGAAAGAAUCUCUGGUUCCUAUAGUAUCCACCCAGUUCCCAAGGCCUCCUGUAGGGCCCUGGAGCACUGCCAUGCCAUUUGGGCCCAGGGACCCAGGCCUCAGCUGGACCCCUUCUUCACCCUGGGGUAUGACGUGCGUGGUAUUUCCUGUGGUAAAAGACGGAGGCGGUUCAGGAGUCUGCCAGUAUACAUGUUCCCCUGUACAGACGUGCCCCCACCCACCCAGCCUCGGCUCCCGGCAGACGUGGGCAGAGCUGGUGAGACGCCAGCCACUGCUUUGCCCCAGCUUCCUGCGGCUGAGGGUUUCCAGAGACCCCCCUAACCUCCCAAAUACUAAGAAGCUAAAGUAUUUUAAUAUUUUGUUUUUUCUUUUCUUGGUGCCAGAGUUUAUACCCUGGGUGCUGGGGUCGCACUGUGUUUUUUAUAUAUAUAUAUAUAUAUAUAUAAUGUGUAUAUAUAUAUAUUAUAUUUUUUUUGGUUGGGUUUGUUUUUAAUUCAGCCGUAAAAAAUGGUGGUAAGCCCCAGUCUCAGGGGGUGUCUUACCUUCGUGCUAGAGAAGGAGAUGGAAGGGAGGGAGGGUGUGUCUUUAUGUGUCUGGGCCUCAAGGAGUCAGCAGGAAGGUGCCCUCAGAGAGGUCUCUCUUUACUCUCCCCAGUGCCAUGGCUGUCCUGGGGCUACCCUAGGUGGACAGAGGUGGUGAGACCCACUCUCUCCAGGAAAUCUGGCUUCAUGAAGCCCAGUGACCCUGGGGAAAUUUUGGCCAAAGCAAACAGCCAGGGCUGCGGUAGGAGAGCUGGGGCCCAAGCUGGCCCGUCCCCUCUCCCUCACAUGGUGCUAGGCUGGGAGCUGCUCUGGGAGUUAGGGUGCCCACCGGCACCCACAGCACUGGCUCCCGGCCCCUGUAGACAGUGGGAUUUCUGGGCUGAUGUCUGAUUGGGGUCUGCUCCUCUCCCCCCUUAACAAUGUGAAGUGACUGAGGCUGGGGUGCUUCUCCCCGGCCCCCUCCCAACUGCCAGUUCAGCUUUGAAUCGACACCCAGGAAGUGCUUUCUGGAGAGCCUGUCUUGUUCAGAAGACGCUAGCAUCUUGGGCUGGACGGGUCCUUUGACGGGUAUGGAGCGGGUCCAGCAAGGGGCGCUGGCCUGCUCGGGGGAUGUCACGGAGCUGGCUGGGAGCAGGGCCGAGCCUUGAACCCGAGGCUCCCGAUUCCGAGUCUAGUGCUCUUCUUCCAAUGCCACACUGCCUCUGAGCCCUUCUGGGGACCCUGCUCUGUGCCAGGUUCCUGUCCCUCCCUCAGUCACAACCGUGGUCAUUCCAGAAAAUGGGGACAAACCACUCCUUCCCAGCCAGGGUGCCUUUGAGCCUCCCCACCCCCAGGUGUGCGUGUGCCCUGCUGUCUUCUCCCCGCCCGGAGGUCCCGCCCCAGGCCGCGCGCGCCUGGGUCCCUUCUGAACCGACGCCCUUUCCUCACGUUCUCCGCUGGGGUGGAGAAGAAAGUUGGACACUCUCGGGGACCGGCCGCGUGCAGUCUCGUCGUGUCGAGAGCAGUGUCCCCUCACGAUUCUCAGUGGGGCCUGCAAGCCUGGGAGCCGCGGGCGUCGUUGGCAUGGCAGGGACGAGGAGCGGUGUCUGAGGACAGGGUGGCAUGUCUCCUCGUGCACUCGGGAAGACCUGGCCGCACCGUGGAGCCAGGCUCCCGGAGAGGGGCGGCGACUUCCGCAGCGCAAGCCCCGGGAAACUCAGGCUACGCGGGUCUUGCCUUUUGCGCCGACUUGACAGCUUUACUCCUUAUCUGUCAGGGAGGGCGUGGGCUCUGUGAUCCCCGAAGACCUUGCCGCUCCUGAGUUCUGAAAUCCCCCCUCUGGGCGGGGCUGCUUCCUUCUCUCAGAGCUUGGGAUGCAGAGUCGAGCUGGCCUGGGCCGGCCCUGCCUGGGCAGGCGGCUGCUCCUCUCUGUGCUCCGGCCUCGGCAAAGCGGGCAGGUUCGGGAUCCUGUGAUGGCAGAGGAGAUAUUUUCGCCCGGGACCUUCCGGGAGCCUGGGGACCGGACUUGCCACGUGUCCCAGAUCCGUCUGUCUAGGGCCCUGCUGCUACUUCCCUUCCCACUAACAGAUCUUUCUUGAGGACCCACGAGGCCCAGACACAGCCGGGACCUGCAGGUAUUGGGUGUGUGUGUGUGUAGGGGGGAGACAAGCUGCCCUAGGGGCUCUCAGCGACUAGGCACACAGACGCCCCCGCCCGGGAAGAGGGGACCAGACAUGAGUGGGGCUGUGCGGUCAGUCUUUAAUGUCCACUAAUUCACUGUAAGCGUUUGGCCAAAAAAAUAGAGAACUAGCUUGAAUUGUGCAGGUGACUCCACCAUCCGCUCUGCAGCCCUCUCCACGAGCCUUCGCCUUGGGAGGGUGCAGGCGGGAGGCGUCACCUACAGCAGCCUCAGUUGUUGGGUUCUAGAACCUUCCAUGAUGUGAGCACCUUGCUGCUCAGAGGAUGAAUGUGAAGCUUAAAGAUGGGCCUUUUCCGAGCCCCUGUGUACAAGCAGUCGGUGCUUCUGGGCCCAGCUGAAGAAGCUGGACUGACCGCAGAGGUUAGUGGCCCCCACACGGAGUCGUGCCCAUAGGCCUGGUAAAGGGAGGAGCAAGUACAAAAUUGUCUUACCGGACAUUCUACUACGAACUCCGGCUACCCAGCAUCUAGAUUUAAAAUUAUUAACAUUUUGUCACAUUUGUUUCUCUCUCUUUCUGUACAUAUCUAUAUAUUUUUUUCUGAUCUGGUUUAAAAGUAUGUUGCAAAGGUCGUGGGACUUUGCCCUUAAAUGCAUCUCCUAAGAGGUAGGCAUUUUCCCACCUAUUGGUCCAACAUUGCAGUCAAGACAGCAAGUCAUUUCCUAACAACAACUGCUACCCGGUCUAUAUCCAAAUGUCCCCCACUGUCCCCCAAAUAACUUUGACCUGGUUUUGGAAUCAGGCUCCAGUCAAGGUGCACACACUGCAAUUUUCUAGCUGUGUUUUUUAAAUCUCCUUGAAUGGCAAAAAAGUCUUCCCUCUGCCCACUUUGAGUUUUUUAGUGACAUUGUUUUUGAGACCAGCAGGCCCGCUGUCCUGUCGGAAGUGCCACGUUCCGGAUUUGUGGGAUUGUUCCCUCAUAGUGUCACACAACCACUUCCUCGGUCCCCUGUGUUUUCAAGGGUAAUUCAGGCUACGUGGGUUUUUGCCUUUCACGCUGACUUGACAGCUUCACUCCUGCCUAAGAUGCGCCUCCACUGUCACCUGUACCAAGUGCCAAACCAGCAGAGGAGCCAGGGGAGGGCCAGGGAGGCUCCCUGGAGAAGGCAACGUCACGCUGGGCCUGGGGGGAGGGACGGAGGGCUCCCUGGAAGGAGGCUGGGCCAGGCAAGGGGAAGGAACCUGCUGGGAAGGAGCCGUCUCUGGCUUGAGAGUCCUGUGCUGCCCCCUUUGACCCUGGGGAUGGGCCACAGGGCACAAAAAACACAGCAUUUCUCUGUCUGUUUUUUGGUCCCAGGGUUCUCGCUUCCCGGAGGCCUGUGGUCUGUGCACUGGAGCAGAGCUGGGCCUCUGGGGUGCUCCAGGGAAAGGCCUCCCCCAGCUGCGGGAGGCAGGAGCUGUGCAAUCUCCCACUGGGUGCAUUCAGUAGCAGCCCCACCAUCUUCCUCCCAGGCCCCUGCUCCCGGGUGAGCGGGCAGGUGGGGUACAGCCGCAGCAGGGUUUUCACAAGUGCAGGAAGGAAGCAGCUCUGCCCUGGUUGAAGUGAGGAUGGGGGCCCAGACCUGCACCCCGCCCCGGGCCCUCAAGACAGCGCUGGGUCCCUGCUUUGCCAUCUCUGAGCUAGAUGUUCUCGCUGGCUCAGACGGCCAGAGAUUGUGUUAGUUACUCCGAGCGACGGGCAUUGGCUUUAUGUGGGGUCCAUGCCAAGGGCUUGGGGGAGGCUCUGGCUGUGUGUUAUCCUAAGAAGUUCAUCCCUACUGCUCUUCUUCCUCUUUCUGGCCCUAAUGAGGGAGGAGAGGGUUUUCUAUGACUGUGCUAGCUUUUAUUAUCAGCAAGAGGGCUCCUUUUGUAAUUUGUGCAUGAAAUUCAUGUCAUUUCCUGGGGAGAGGAGAGGGCUGACUGGAGAGGGAGGGGGGCACGCUAGGGGAGCAGGCAGAGGUUUCCUUCCCUUGUGGGGGGUGGGGAAAGGGGUGGAGAGGGGGUGCUACCCAGCUCGCCUGUGAGGGCUCUCAAACCAGCCGUUUUGGGUUGUGUUAAAGGUGAGAACCUUCCUCCAUUAAUGUACAAUCUUGAACUAACUGCUAAUAAAGUGGGGUUCUGUUUGUA